GCGGGCCCCGCGCGGCACGCAGCCACGCGCCCGGCUUCCUCCCCGCCGGCCAGCUGGAGUUGAGGCGGCUCCGAGCGCAGCGCUCUCACCCGGGGAGGUCGAGCGAGAGGGAUUCGCGCCCUGCCGGCAGGGACCUGCCCCCUCGGUUCGUGGGACGCCCGGAAGAAAGCGAGCGGCGCCGAAGGGAGAUCGCGAGCGACUGCUGUGGAGGAAGAGGAGUGCAAAGGGUGUUUGCCCUGCGGCUGCUGAGAGGAAACAACUGCGAGCGACAGAUUGAACAGGCUGCAGAUCCCGCGAGAGAGAGAGGGGCGUGUGGAUCGUCUCCUAUUUCUGCUCCGUGAUAUUUGAUCUUCCCCUCGUUCCUGCAGGGGUGGCUGGGCUGGUAAUGGGUUCUGCGUGCGCCUGCCUCUCCCUCGCUUCCUCCGAGCCGCGCUAAGGAGCUUCCGAGGAGGACCAGGCAGCCGUGGACAACUUUCUGAGCCGACCUGUUGGUUUCCUAUGCUGGGAGGAGCAUGACGGUGGGGAGAUCGUGGCCUGGAAUGGGGGCAGUUGCUAAAUGACCGCAAAAAGUUUCUUGACCACAGGAAGGAAAAGGCUUCCCUGGAUCAUUAGCUUGAAGACAGGGAUUCAGGAACGGAUUUACAGAAAUUCUCACGGUGCCUCAGGUUACACCUUACUUCUUUGUGCCUUCAGAAAGGCCCGGGCGGAGCUGGAGACCAGACGUGCUGACCCGCACCGGUGCGCGGCCCGCGCGCCAUGCCGUUGGUGCUGCUCUGGGGAGAGGCAGGUUUGCAAACCAGUCCUUCUGCUUCCUGCUAAAUAGCAGCGUGCCUGUGUCACUGAAUUACUCGAGCUUGGCGGGCUGGCGAGGCUGCCGGCGUGGUUAUCCCUGCAGAGCUUUAAUGCCGUUUGCUUGACCUUUUCUUGAAAGCGGAGCGAGCAGGAGAGCUCGCGACAGAGGGCCGUCCGAGCUGCUGCGUGCGAAAAGGCUGCGAGAUGUUGGCUCUUGGCAGAUGAAAGCAGUGGGAUUGCUGCUCCCCGUUGUCCCUCUCUGGGCCUUUCUGGGCUAGGGCCGGAGAGCAGGAGCCUCUGCCGCAGAUACCACGCUGUGCUGCACUUUGUUAGCUGGUUUGCACGGGUAAGGGUCUCUGGAGCGGAUCUUCGCUUUCCCACUGUUUGCAACUUUGGGUCAUGGAAGACUGAAAAGGGAGACGGUGCCUGAGAUGGUCGUGAAGCCGAGAUUUGUGUCUCCGGAGGGCACGGCAAAGCCCCGAGAAGGGAUACGGGGGUGAGACAAACUCGCCCCCGCCAUCCAGCUGCCUGGGCGGGUGGCCGGCCGCCAGCCCCUCCGAGGGCGUGUGGGUGAUGUUCUCUGGGGGCCGGGGUCCUCGUGCCGCCCUGCUUUGUACGCCCGGGCUUUACUCCCCGCGCCGGGGGGGACUUUUAUCUCGGGCAGAGCUCUGAGCCCGUUUCCCUGCCCAACGCAGCCAUGGCCGAGCACCUGGAGCUGCUGGCAGAAAUGCCGGCGGUUGGCAGGAUGAGCACGCAGGAGCGCCUGAAACAUGCCCAGAAGCGCCGGACGCAGCAGCUGAAGAAAUGGGCACAAUUUGAGAAGGAGGCACAGGGCAAGAAAGCCAGGGCGGAAAAGAGGAGGAAGAGCAGCAGCAGCAGCAAGGAGAAGCGAGUGAUGUUCCCGACCAGCGUGCAGCUGCUGGAGGCGGCUGCUCGGAACGACGUCGAGGAAGUUUGCCACUUCCUCCAGAACGGCAUCAGCCCCAACCUGUACAACGAGGACGGCCUCACCGCGCUGCACCAGUGCUGCAUCGACGACUACGGGGACAUCGUGAAGCUGCUGCUGGAGGCUGGCGCCAACGUCAACGCCUGCGACAGCGAGCUCUGGACGCCGCUGCACGCCGCCGCCACCUGCGGCCACCUGCACCUCGUGGAGCUGCUCGUCAAACAUGGUGCCAACCUCCUCGCAGUCAACUCGGACGGGAACAUGCCCUACGACCUGUGCGAGGACGAGGUGACGCUGGACUGCAUCGAGACGGCCAUGGCAGAGCAGGGCAUCACGCAGGAGAAGAUCGAGGAGGCCCGGGCUGCCACGGAGCGCAGCAUGGUGGAGGACAUCCGGCAGCUGGUGCGGGCGGGCGCCGACCUCAACGCGCCGCUGGACCACAGUGCCACGCUGCUGCACAUCGCGUCGGCCAACGGCUACCUGGAGGCUGCCGAGUUGCUGCUGGAGCACAAGGCCAGCAUGAGCACCAAGGACGAGGACGGCUGGGAGCCCCUCCACGCCGCGGCGUGCUGGGGGCAGAUCCCGCUGGUGGAGCUGCUGGUGGCUCACGGCGCUGACCUCAACGGCAAGUCUGUGCUGGACGAGACGCCGCUGGACGUGUGCGGGGACGAAGAGGUCAGGGCCAAGCUCCUGGAGCUGAAGCACAAGCACGACGCCAUCAUGAAGUCUCAUGAAAAGCACAAGUCGCUGCUGCAGCGCCGCACCUCCAGCGCCGGCAGCCGCGGGAAGGUGGUGCGGCGGGUGAGCGUGACGGAGCGCACCAACCUCUACCGCAAGGAGCACGAGAAGGAGGCCAUCGUGUGGCAGCGGGCCGAGCAGCGGGAGAGCGAGGACGAGGACCGGCAGACGGACGCCGAGCUCUGCCUGCGCCUCGCCGGCCCCGAGGGAGAGGCGACGGCUCCGGGAGAGCCGCCUGCGCAGCGCAACGGCUCGGCCGUCCCCGCCGCCCCCAAGCACCUCUACUCCAAGAAGCCGGAGCGCGGCGUGUCCUGCCAGCCGGGAGAGCCGCCGGGCGACCUGAGCCGCGACAAGGCCCACCACACGCUCGCCGACCUCAAGCGGCAGCGGGCGGCCGCCAAGCUGCAGCGCCCGCGCCCCGAGGAGCACCCCUUGGGGGGCGGCCCGGCCCCCGCGGAGCCCGAGCCGGGCGCCGAGCCCGCCGGCAGCGGCGGCGGCGGCGGCUGCAGCCCCGGCGCCGACCCGCCGCUCCUCAAGCUGACGGCCCCCGCCGAGGACGUGCCGGCCGAGAAGCAGCGCUGCUGCGAGGUGAUGUGAAGAGGCGGCUGCCCGGCGCCGCUUCGUCCCGGCGCCUCGGUGCCGGCUCCGUCGCGGCACCGCAGCCGCUCGCCACGAACGGUCGCGGUCGGACAGGCAGCCCGGCCGGGCUCGCCGCGCCGAGGCGGGAGCCCGCUGCCCUCCGCGCGUGCCGCUGCUCCCCGGCGGGCGAGACGUCGGCCCCGAGGCCCCAGCGGCCGCGGCCUCGGCGCCCGGGACCCCCGGCGCGCGGGACCCCCGGCCGCUCGCCGUCGCCCGGCCCGAGGGGGUCGCGGCUGGCAGCGGCUCGCGGCUCUUUUUAACUCCGCUCUGCCCCGAAAUCCGGCUGUUCCUCGGAAAUCAAA